GCGAGGCUUUGAAAGUGUUGAGUGUGACUUGAGUCCGGGAGAGACCAUGUCCGCCGUCAUAGGCAAACUAUCCUCACCUCUACCCUUAUUUAAAACUCAUUCUCCAUGAAAUAACAGUAACGGGGGGCCUUAAGGAUGGCCAACUCGGGUGCUGUUCAGGUGAAACUAGAACUUGGUCAUCGUGCGCAGGUCAGAAAGAAACCCACUGUGGAAGGCUUCACCCACGACUGGAUGGUGUUUGUCCGAGGACCAGAACACAGCAACAUUCAGCACUUUGUGGAGAAAGUAGUUUUUCACCUGCAUGAAAGCUUCCCUAAACCAAAAAGAGUGUGCAAGGAUCCACCAUACAAAGUGGAGGAGUCUGGAUACGCAGGCUUCAUAUUGCCUAUUGAAGUUUACUUCAAAAAUAAGGAAGAACCCAAGAAAGUUCGAUUUGAUUACGACCUGUUUCUCCAUCUGGAGGGCCACCCACCUGUCAAUCAUCUCCGCUGUGAGAAGCUCACCUUCAACAACCCAACAGAGGAGUUUCGCAGGAAGCUACUGAAAGCCGGAGGGCAACGGGAUCCUCACAAACGAAGUUCAGAAGACUCAAAAGUGAUGGUAAUGCAGGAGGGCUCCACCUCCCUGUUCAGCCAGCACCUGAAGCUGCCUACACUCCCCAACAACUCGCUGACAUCCACCUUCUCAGACCCAAAGAAGAGCAAAGGCUUCCAUGGGUCAAAGGAUGGCUCCAAAGGAAGCAGCACCACCACCCUUCUCACCACUGCCACAACCACCAGCACCAACAGCAGCAGCUUCUCCAAACUCCACAAACCCUCCAAGGACCACAAAGACAAGCCUCCAAAAGACUUAAAAGAGUCAAAAAGUGCCUUCAGAGAUUCUAGCUGGGAACCCACCAAAGCCCCCAAAGAACCUUCCAAGAAACCCAAAGAGAACCAGCCACUUAGAGAUAUAAAUCCUAAGAUGGGCUUCAAGGAACCCAAGUCUUUGUCCAAGGAACAUCGAACUGAGGGGACGACCCACGGGUCAGGGCUAAAUAAGCGUCCGUCCACCGCUGACAGUGACGAUCACGUGACCAAAAAAUGGAAAAAGGGAUUUGUGGAUCCAUCAGGGAAGCAGACAACGGGGUUGGAUGCACUUUUGGAUAAGAAACUUUUGAAGGAUAAAUCGCAUACGCGAACAAGUAAACCGCAAGCGGAAGGUGACGAGGCAGAGCGCAGGAAGGCGCCGACACUUCCGCCAUUCCAGGAACUAGUGGACGCCAACGACUCGGAUAUGGAGGACCAGUCCACCAAAUCAGAUUCUGAACAGCCCAGUCCAGCCAGUUCCAGCUCCAGCUCAGGCUUCGCUCCCACACACCAAAAACGGCAAGUGGUGGACUUCAUCAUCAGGAAAAGGGUGGCUAUUCCUGCCACCACCCACACAGUGCUGGGCCCGUUGCAGUCAGUCAUGCAGGAUCUGCACUCAGACGACAACGAUGAAGAUUCAGAGGACGACGAUGACAACGACAUGGACUCUGAUGUAGAGCGGCCAGCACACACACAUCUCAUACACCACCAACGCAGGGUCAGUUUGAGUGAUGGCAGUGAGAGUGAUAGCUUGUCGCCCUCACCCCCAUCCCGAAAUGAAGCCCCGCCCUUACUGAAGACUACUAACAAUCAGAUACUGGAAGUGAAGAGUCCCACCAAGCAGAAUAAGCAGGACAAGAACAAAAACAUGGAUUGCGAUAAGGCAUACCUGGAUGAGCUGGUGGAGCUGCACAAAAGACUGAUGACACUAAGAGAAGGGCAUAUACUGCAACAGAUCGUGAACCUCAUUGAGGAGACUGGACACUUCCACAUCACAAACACUACUUUUGACUUCGACCUUUGCUCCUUGGAUAGAAGUACAGUGAGAAAACUCCAGAGCUACCUGGAGACCUCUGGACUGUUCUGAGGCCCUGAUCAGGUGGUUGCUGGAUCUCAGUCUCCAUGUGGACUUUUGAUCUUUUUCUUGAAUAAACAACUUUGGAUGCAAUGCAGAGGCCCUACUGUGGUUUGGGUCCAGUUGCUCUGCGUCCAGCCUGCUGGUUGGACUGGGCUCUCUGAACGAAGAGGUGGUCACGCUGCAGAAACCAGAGCCUGGUGUUGCGGGGAUGAGCCCUGUGGAUCAGGAGAUCACCCGUACAGCCUUGAAAACUUCCCUUGGUUUAUAAAAAAACAAAGUGGGGAGUGUUAACCUUGCUUCUCUUAAUGAAUGUGCAUAUUGUUACCAUGUAUGUUCCUUGUUUAUUGUGACAAAUGCAUGGUCAACUUUGCCUUACCACAUUGUAAGUCUUAUUUAUUGAAUUUAAUUUGCAGGUGUGUGCGUGAGUGUAUGCGUGCGUGCUUGUGUUGCGUGCGCGCUUGUGUUGCGUGCGCGUGUUUGAAAUGGAAAAAAAAAAACUGCAGAAUGAGACUUUGUUGAAGCACUUCACAACAGACAUUUCUUUAAAUCUGUGUGACAUUUCAGCAUUACCGAGCACACUCAAUUUUGCCACUGACAAAUUGAAAUCGAAUGUCGUACUGAAUCAUUUUAAUGGGAACAAAAAACUGCCUGAUUCAUUUAUAUUCCAAGUGAUCAAAGAACAGUUCUGCAGAAACGGUCACAUUGAAUCUUGUGAGGUCAGUUUUUGUGAGAAUCCUGUGAGAGGCCUGUUCAGUCAGUGAAGGGGAGUGGUUUGGAUAACAACACGCUUUUAAAAAAAAUAAAAAAUGGGGAUUGGUCCCCCAAUCCAGUUGAAGCCUAAUCUCUAUAGGCAGAUAUUUACAUAUGGUUGUAGAAUUUGUAGGCAGCAGGACAAGAUUUUGGUAUUGGAAGUGUUUCCAUUGUAGUCCAUUUGUAGUCUGUUUGUAGUCAGAUUAGUAUGAACUAAUCACAUUUGAGUGGUCUUUGGUUGCGUGCAGGUAACAAUCCCUAUGGAGAGCAAAAGAGGCUGACAGCUUUGGCUGAAAGGCAAUCUUGAAACCCACUGGUUAUCAUUCACAAAGGUUCAUCUUUUUAUUUUAUUUCAUUAUUUUUUUAUUUUCUUACUUUAAUGUACACUACUGGUCAAAAGUUUUAGAACACACCAACUUUUCCAGAAUUUAAUUGAAAAUGAUGCAGUUUAAUGUCUCAGUGUACUCUGAAAUGAAUGCACAUUUGCAACAUUUAAAUUCUUUAUUGAGCAUGAUAGUGUUUUGAAAGUAAAAAAAAGAUUCAAAAUCACAUUUUAUGUUGGACUAAAGGACUAAAAAAAGACACAAAAUGACCAAAAAAAGACACAAAAUGACAAAAAAAGACACCAAAAGAUACAAAAUGACUAAAAAAAGACACAAAAUGACUUACAAAGACAUGAAAAUAAUUCAAAAAUGGACAAAAUAACCCAAGACCCAAGAGUUAAGUUGUUAACCCAUUUCUUGUUCCCUGAAAAAGGCCUACUUGUAUAAUUCUGAAAUGUACAUUAUUUUUCAGUUUUGGUUAAGCUUACCUUUUUUAUUUACCUCUGGCAGUUCACCACUUACCUUUGUACCCUUUCAAGCUGUUCAUUUGACUUGAACUGCUUGAAUUUCAAUAAAAAACUGGAAAAAUUGGGGUGUUCUAAAACUUUUGACCAGUAGUGUAUCUGCAUCAGUACACAGAUAAACAACUCCAGCUCCACUCUAGAGUCGCAGGUUGCAGUAAAUUAAUCUUGGCUCAUAUUUGUCAUGGUUACACCGGAAGUGCAGAAAUAUUGCCCCUUGACCCAGAAUAAUAACUGAUAGAUGAUGCUUUUCAUGAUUAGUUGUAACUCCAUCUUUUGAAAACAAAUAUAGUUGGUUUGAGGCUGUUGGAAAACACCUGCACUCUUGGUACAAACCACAAAUGUAGGUAAAAAACAAAAACAAUAUUUUGAUUUUAGAUAAAGUUUUCACAUAUUUUCAUACAUCUCUCCCCAAAGGCAUUUGUGAUGUUGUACAUAAACUCUGCUGGUCACUUCAACACCUCCAGACACCUAGACCCUGUUUAGUCUUGGUUUUAACCCAUUGACGCCUGUAACGCCUGUAAAACCUCUGGGCGAUUUUAAAAUAAGCCCCUAAAACCUGAAGAUUUUCUGGAAAUUCAACAGAAGUGUCAGCGCUUCUACUAAAUAAUAGAUUUUUCAGCCUCUGUAGCAGAUAGAAAUGAAAUUCAAAAAGUAUUUGAGAGCUUAUACAAAUACUACAAAACGACGUAUCCGCUUUCCAGGCUUCAAUGGGUUAAAAU